AUGACCAAGAUGUUAAAUAUUUCUCGAGAGCAAAUCGAGUUACCAGUAACUGGGAUAUGCGCUAACCGUGUACAUUCGACGGCAUGUGUUAUUAUAGAUGUACUGUCCAGGAUUAAAGAUUUUCAAGUUGCACUAUUGGCGGAUCCGUUGUUUCAUUCGUCAGGAGCUAUAGACUUGCUAAUAGGAGGUGGAGUCUUUUUUGACAUACUGGAAGCUAGACGUGUUAGUUUGGGUACAGGGUCGCUAUGUUUGCAGGACACUAAAUUUGGUUGGGUCAUUACGGGAGAGGUUGGAGCCGUGUCCCUCCUAAACAUCAAUUCUGUUGGUCAGGCGCUAGAAUACGGAUGGAUUGCCGUAGAAAAUAGUAAAGAUGCAAAUGCAAAUAACUUAUCUAAAGUGAGCAGAAAGUUCUUGGACGAAAAAGAAGUAGCAAGACACUUUCAAGAAACAGCAAAACGCAAUCAGGAUGGAAGAUUCGUGUUACGAUUACCAUUAAAAUCUGAAGUAAAGAAUCUAGGAGACACUUUGAACAUGGCAACAUCAAGGUUUUUGAUCGUGAAACGUAGGCUACAGCAAGAUGAAUCGUUAAGAGAAGCUUAUGUCAACUUUAUGAAAGAGUAUGAAGAUGCAGGUCAUAUGCAUGAGGUGCACAGCAGUGAUCCAGUUGCCGAUAAUAUUUUCUAUUUACCUCACCACCCAGUAGUAAAGCUGUUGAGCUUAACAACGAAGCUACGAUUCGUCUUUGACGCCUCGGCCAAAAGCUCAACUGGAGUCUCACUCAACGAUGUGCUCAUGUGUGGGCCCACAGUGCAAGAGGAACUAUUCAGUAUAUUGAUACGGUUUCGAGCGCAUCAGUACGCCAUAACUGCUGAUGUAGAGAAGACGUUUCGUCAGGUAGAGGUAUCCAAGGAAGAUCAGGACCUGCAACGUAUAGUAUGGCGAGAGAGUCCAAGUGAGGUGCUUCGUAAGUAUAGGUUAGCGACAGUCACCUAUGGUACCACAUCUGCAUCAUUUAUGGCUACUCAGUGUCUCGCGUCGCUUGCUGAAGCAGAAGAACUAAGAUUGCCGAGGGCAGCGAAGGCAAUACAUAGAGACUUCUAUAUGGACGAUCUUAUCACUGGAGCUGAGACUAUAAAUGAAUGCAAGACAAAAUGGUGCUCAAACUCGGCGGAAAUAUUCAAAAGCGUAGAAUCACCCGAAGUGGAACCAUUAUUCAUAAUCAAAAUAGAAGCCGAUGAGAUAGUAAAAUCACUGGGGCUAUGUUGGAAGCCAACACAGGAUGUGCUUGGAUAUCAGGUUGUGCCUGCAGCUAACAGUCCAAGAUGUACAAAAAGAACAUUGAUAUCAGACUUCAACAGUAUUUUCGAUCCUUUGGGUUUUUUAACACCGAUACUAAUUAAAGGUAAAAUAUUCUUACAGCAGCUGUGGCAGAUAAAGAUAGACUGGGACCAACCAAUACCAGAAUAUAUAAGGGAGAAGUGGCUCCGAUUCUACAAACAGUUCGAGGAACUCGAGACAUUAUCGAUUCCCAGGAAGUGCAAGCCAUUCAUGAGCGAUCAUAUUGAGGUGCAUGGAUUCUGUGACGCCUCGGAAAAAGCUUAUGGUGCAUGUAUUUAUGUGCGAAGUAAAGACCAGAAUGAACAGUGGUGUUCACGGCUAUUAUGUUCAAAAUCAAGAGUAGCACCAGUCAAGGGAGCUACAAUACCGCGUUUAGAGCUUGAAGGCGCUCUGGUGUUAGCACAGUUAGCAGAAAAGGUAGCUGCAGCAUGGGAAUUAGAUGUCAAGAACUUCUACCUCUGGACUGAUUCAAUGGUGGCAUUGGGUUGGAUCCGAAGUGAAGCAACUAGAUUUAAAACCUACAUCGUGAACCGCGUAAUCCAAAUACUUGAGCUAACCAAUGCACAACAAUGGAGACAUGUAGGGACUGCAGACAAUCCAGCGGACAUACUAUCCAGAGGAGCAUUGGUACAAGAGCUAAAGGUCUCCGAGUUAUGGUGGAAUGGACCACAGUGGUUAAGCUACAGUAAUGAUGGUUGGGAGCAUUCAGUCACCACCUUACCAGAAGAAGAAACAUUGCCAGAAAGGCGAGUAAUUAAGCUCGCACUCGCCGUGAUUGAUCAGUCAAUCGGAUUAAUCGAACAUUACUCAAAUUGGCGGCAACUAGUGAGAGCCGUUGCCUGGCUUCUUAAGUUCAUAGAUUUCCGAAGAACAAGACAGAUCGGCACAACAGCACGGCACCUAAGUGUAUCGUAUUUAAAGAAGGCCGAAACUGGCUUAAUAAGGCAAGCACAGUUACAAGAAUUCAAUGAAGAAUACUCCUUGUUAAGCAAAAACAAAGAAGUAUCAAGACGUAGUAAAUUAAAGGGACUAUAUCCGUUGCUCCAAGGUGAAAACUUAAUACUAGUUGGAGGAAGAUUGGACAACGCCCAAAUUGCAGAGAAUCAAAAGCAUCUUAUUGUGUUACCCGCAAACCACAAAAUUACCAGGCUAAUUUUUGAAGACACUCACCAGACACUUCUUCAUUGCGGACCUCAAGCAUUAUUAGCAGAGGUUAGGCAACGGUACUGGCCAAUCAUAGGCAGAAGCAUGGCUCGUUCUGUCACGAAACGUUGUGUGACUUGCGUUUGA